AUGUUCCUGUUUUCCCAUAUCUCCCCUUAUCUGGCCAGUCUUUACCUCUGCACUCCGCACCCUAAAGACACAAAUCCAGUCUUAGUUCCCCACACUUGUCCAAGUUGGUCUGGAAAAACAUGUAACUACAGAGGCUCAUGUUCUGAUGGAGAGACUGGAAAUGGGACGUGCAUCUGUGACGAUAAAUUCUCUGGUUUCGCUUGUAAUGAGUGCAAAAACCCAAACGCAUACGGAGUGAACUGUGACAAAGAAUGUGACUGUAACCGUGGCGUCUGUAACAAGGGCCCAGAGGGAGAUGGACAGUGCUUCUGCCAGCCUCCGUUCACGGGAAAACGCUGCGACCAACUGAGCUCGGGUUGCCGCUCCUGCCCCCCGUACUCCUUCUGCAGAGGGGAUGGAGACGCAGCUGUGUGUGACUGUCUGCCCGGACACAGAAAAACCUCUCAGGGAAAAUGUGCAACUGUGUGCUCCUCCCGGGACUGUGACGAGAAUGCGCAGUGCUCAUCUCAGGGAUCAAAAGUCACCUGCGUCUGUAAACCAGACUACGAGGGCAAUGGCCGAGUGUGUGUCCCCAAAAACCCCUGCAACCAGAACAACGGAGACUGCCCAGUGAACUCCACCGUGUGUGCGUUCAGCGGAGCAAACAAGUCCACGUGCCAGUGCAUGGCAGGGAUGAGACCAGUAGGGGGCAGCGCUCAGUUCGGCUGUGAGCUGGUGUCAGCCUGUUUGAAAGACUCCUGUCAUCCCUCUGCUUCCUGUCGCACCGGAUUGGACGGACAUGACAGAUGUGAGUGCAGUUCAGAGCAGAUCGGUGACGGUUGGAGAUGUUACGGAAACCUGAUGGAGCAGCUUCUAGAACUCGACAGAACCGGAGACCACCGCGGCAAUCUGACCGAAACUAUUGCUCUUUUUGAGAAAGGCUGCUCGCUGCUGUUGAACCAUGGCGGCCCCAUUACAGCCUUCAUUCCACUGCUCAGGGCUCCGCUCACGCGUGUGAAUGAAGAGGAAGUGUGUAAGAACCACCUGAUCUUAGGGGAACAUCUUUACAAAGACCUUGAGGGGAAGGACUUCAGUCUGUACGGAGGAGGACGGCUGCGCAGCAAGGGCAACAAGAAGGUGAUCCUGAUGGACGAACCUACUGUUGUUUACUCGGUGCUCAGUGAAAACCAUCCAGCCGCGAACGGAGUCAUCCACAUCAUCGACGGGGUCAUGAUCAGCUCAAUGAACAGACCCGUUCGCAAUGAAAAGUUUUCCGCUCUGAGAAUCAGUCAGAUUCUGAGGAAAGACGACCAGUUUAACCGCUUCCUGUCUCUGGUGGAUAACUGCGGUGCUCUCCCUCCAUUCAGAGGAUCGGGGCCUUUUACCGUGUUUGUUCCGACCAAUCAGGCAAUAGACGCGGCCCGAGAUGGCAGCAUUCUCUACAUGCUCAACAAUGCCGAACACAAGUUGCAGGAGCUGCUCAAGUAUCACAUGAUUUCACAAGCCUCGUUGACGUCAGAUGACUUGGCUGUUGUCCCACGGAUCCAUACUAUGGCCAAUCAGGUCGUCCGUGUCUCUGUGACUAACAACGUAAGUCUAGCUUAUGCAAACUAA